ACUUGCCAUAGCACAUUGUCUCUAUGCGCAGGCCUCUUAUUGCGAGGGCUUCCCCAUUUUGUUCUUAAUGCUUUUCAUCUAGACAAUGCAUUACUUCAAUUUACUUACUCUUUCGUCAACGGUAUUCUAUGUGGUUGCGGUUUUCGCGAGUGACGCAUCCAUAAUUAAUGACGUAUCGGUUCUAGCUAAGGAGGCCGCGCGAGCUAACAAUCAGUCGCUAUUAUGGGGUCCUUACAAGCCUAACCUCUAUUUUGGGGUUCGACCUCGAAUUCCGAACAGUCUGUUCGCGGGACUGAUGUGGGCGAAGGUGGAUGAUUUCUCUACAGCUCAGUCAAACUUCAGGCACACCUGCGAACAGAAUGAAGGGAUGGCUGGUUAUGGAUGGGACGAGUACGAUAUACGGAAGGGCGGGCGCCAAACAAUUCACGAUGCUGGAAACUCAUUGGAUCUGACAAUUGAUUUUAUCAAGGUCCCUGGUGGACAGCAUGGAGGCAGCUGGGCUGUCCGAGUGAAGGGUGUCCCUCGGGAUGAUGGUUCCCCAGAUCAGCCUACAACGGUCGUUUUUUACAGUGCUCUGGAGGGGCUUGGUAACUUGGGAGUUGAGACCAAGUCUGACGACUCGCGUGGGUUUGAGGGCGACGUGAAGCUGGCUGGUUAUACCUCUGAUCUCGGUGAAUUUACAAUUGAUGUAACUAAGGGCCCUAAAACCAACGAGCACCCGGAACAUGACCAUCCAAGUCAUGAGGACAAGCCAUUGGACCGCACCUUAGUGUCGAGUUUGACCGUACCCCCGGAGCACACCUGGCAGACGAAGUUGAUCCUGUUCUCGCAAAUGAAGGAGGGGGUAAGCGAAACCAUUGCGAAGUAUGGAGCGGAAAACCCUCCGCCCCCAUCGCAGGUCUUUACAAUCAAAAACAUGCCAGGUGAUGGUAAUAUCCAUCUUGUUCAGAAAAUCUUCAGGGGUGCCUUUGAGUUCGAUAUCUUAUUCUCAUCUGGUUCUUCGCCACAGCCUCUGACAUCUGAGCUUCUUGCUCAAGAAAUUGCAAGUGCUUCGGUAGCUUUCGCUGAACGCUUCGGCAAGAUACUGCCUCCGCAGCCUCCAUUUGAUUCCGACGAGUACAUUGAAUUCUCCAAGUCCAUGCUCUCUAACCUUGUCGGUGGCAUAGGCUACUUCCACGGUACAGAUAUUGUUGACCGCUCCGCAGCACCGGAGUAUGAUGAGGAGAACGAAGGCUUCUGGGAGGAAACAGCGGAGGCAAGAGCUCGGGCAGAACCUGUACUUGAAGGUCCUAAAGAUCUUUUUACCAGUGUGCCCUCUCGGCCGUUCUUCCCUAGAGGAUUCCUCUGGGAUGAGGGCUUCCACUUAAUCCCUGUUGUUGAAUGGGAUACGGAUCUUGCGCUCGAUAUUUUAAAAAGUUGGCUAAGCCUAAUGGACGAGGAUGGGUGGAUUGCUCGAGAGCAAAUCUUGGGCGCUGAGGCACGCAGUAAAGUUCCACCCGAGUUUACUGUCCAGUAUCCUCACUACGCCAAUCCCCCAACCCUUUUCAUUGUUUUGGAGGCGUUUCUCGAUAAAUUAGAUACCAACAGGAACGUCUCAGUCCAGAGACCUGCUGAGGAUAUUACAGAGGGUGUCCGUUCAGUCUAUGUGCAACAGCCGGAGUUGGGCGAAGCUUAUAUUCGUUCAAUCUACCCAUUACUGAAGAAGCAUUAUUUCUGGUAUAGAAACACUCAGCGAGGUGACAUUAAGUCCUACGACCGAGAAGCGUUUUCCACCAGGGAGGGAUACCGCUGGCGCGGUCGGUCUGUCCACCACAUCCUAACAUCUGGAUUGGACGAUUAUCCUCGAGCACAACCCCCGCACCCCGGUGAGCUACACGUGGACUUAAUCAGUUGGAUGGGAAUGAUGACUCGCUCUCUUCGACGAAUUGCCGAGCGGCUGGGAGAGGCUGAAGAUGCCGAGGAGCUCAAGUACUAUGAAACCGCAAUUGAACGGAAUAUCGACGACCUCCAUUGGGACGAACAGGCGCAAACUUACUGUGAUGCGACCAUUGACGAGUACGAGGAAAGCAUCUCUGUCUGCCAUAAGGGAUACAUCUCCAUCUUCCCCUUUCUCACUGGCAUGAUCGGCCCCGAUAGCCCGCGGCUAAAGGCCAUCAUGGAUUUGAUCAACGACCCAGAAGAGCUCUGGAGUGAUUUUGGUAUUCGUAGUCUGAGCAAGAAAGACGAGUUUUACGGGACUGCCGAGAAUUAUUGGAGAAGCCCCGUAUGGAUCAACAUCAACUACCUGGUGUUCAAGAACCUCUAUGAUAUCGCGACCACUUCUGGUCCACACCAGGAACAGGCCCGUGAAAUGUAUUCCAAGUUGCGGAAGAACAUAGUCGAAAAUGUGUUCAGAGAAUGGAAGGAAACCGGGUUUGCCUGGGAACAGUAUAACCCUGAGACGGGCAAGGGACAGCGGACGCAACAUUUCACUGGAUGGACUAGUAUGGUGGUGAAGAUGAUGUCGAUGCCUGAUCUUCCAGUAGGCGAGAGUAAGGGACAUGACGAGUUAUAGAGAACAGCAGUGACUGUUGUAUAGAGAAUGGUCCAAACUAGGGAAUAGCUCUUAUACACUAG